AUGUCCCUACUUGUUGAAGGACUUUAUAAGCAUGACGCUAGUAAUUGGAAGAAAAUUUUAACCAAUCCAAAAUACCCUUUUCCUAGGGAUCAAACAGCUGUUGAUCUCAAAGAUAGAAUUGCGAGUGAGCAGCAACUGAAUUUAAUGCAUCAGACUGGACAAGAUCGGUAUAGAGUUGCGUUCUCUGAAACAUACGCUCGUUCUCAUUUUAUUAAAUCACGAAAGUUGAAUUAUAUUGAACAACUGGAUUCCCAAAUUCCAAAGAAGUUUUAUGCGUUGCCAUUCCAAACUUUACAAAGAUCUGAAACACCUGACGUAUAA